AUGAGUUCAUUUUACGCGUAUUCAGAUAUGCCUUCGUCAAAUUUAAUGAUUCCUCAACAACCGCCUAGAAUUUACAGACUGGAAGUUGCCCAGCAGCCCAUAAGGGCUAGGAUGUGUGGGUUCGGUGAAAAAGACCGGCGACCGAUAGAUCCACCUCCCGUGCUUCGCCUCAUUGUGACUACUCCUGACGGAAAGCCCAUACCCGUGAGUUCUGUGGACCACUCAAUGUUUGCCGUUCACGCAGGACUAUGGUCAAAUAACCGCAAGAAAGAACGUAAUCUUGUCAUUAACCCUUCCUCCAUGGCAGCUCAUUCCACAGGAACGUCAUCAAGCGUUCUUUCAUGGAGUCCAACAUGUACACGUAACCUUAUGGGAUCGUUAACUUCAUCUGCAUAUUGUCUGUUCAAUGAUCAUGGACAACGGGGAAUUUAUUUUAUAUUUCAUGAUCUUUCUGUGCGAACGGAGGGAACCUUUACCUUAAAGUUUCAGUUUGCCGAUAUCAGUCAACUAAUCAGAUGUGGAGGUCACCAGAGCCAGGUGCGUGUUGAGGCUGAAGUAUUUAGUGAAUCGUUCACAGUCUAUGCUGCGAAAAAAUUUCCCGGCAUGACAGAGUCCACGGACCUCUCAAAAGCAUUCGCCAAACAAGGUAUAAAAAUUCCUAUUCGUAAAGAACGGCGAUAUUCUAGACCUUUUCUCGAUGAUUAUCAAGACGGGGAAAACCCACAUCCGGAAACUACGUCGCUUUUUUCGAAUGAAGAUCCCAAUUUAUGA